AUGCGAGCACUGUUGGAGAACGGGGUCUUUGUUGGGACGUGGACCCAAUUUGAAGAGGUGCGUGACCAAGUGUACCAACUAUUAGAGAAACUUUUGUUAGAGGAGAUUAAGUUCGCCAACAAAACCGAUAUCGUGAAUCGUUUUUGGAAUUUCGUUUGCCAUGAUCGAAUCGUAGAAUUACGCACACGGAUGGCCUCCGGGGACAAUGAAGAAGAGAAAAGUAAGCUUCACGAGAAAACGCAGAGUCUUAUAAACAAUGGCAUGGACGAGUUCAAGGGCCUUGUUAAGAAAAUGGAGCAGCGCUAUGCUUUAAAAUUUGAAACUGGCGAGCUCGUGGACUUCGAUCGUGAAAAGUAUUUUCCAGUCAUGGAAGAAGCUUACAAAUUGUGCGUGUUUAUCGGCGAUCUAGCACGCUAUAAAAGUGAGUUUACCAACAGUACAAAUUUCGAUGAAGCACAGGAAUGGUACAAGUCUGCUCAGCGAAUCUCACCACACAAAGGAAGGGCAUUCAACCAAUUGGCAAUAAUCGCUCUGCGUCGGAAACACACAUUGGAUGUCAUUUAUUUCAACAUGCGUAAUUUGAUGUCCGCCACGCCAUAUGACGCAACCCUGAAAACUCUCAUGCACAUUUUUGACGUAUCUAAGAACAAGGUAGAACUGCAGCAGGCCAGACUGCUGAAAGCUGGACGCUAUAUCGCUGGGGUUUCCCGGCGUGAAAUAUGGAUUCCCCCGGACAGCACAAAGCCCUUGCUUCGCCCCUCUCUGCGCCAAGCUAACGCAGAUGAUGAGCAGGAGCUGCGCAGUAAGGAUUCUAAUGUGUACGAUGAUUUCGUCCUAUCCUUUAUACACACGCUCGGUAAGCUGUUUAAUAGAAAGGGUAUGGAGUCCUUCCGCCAGUGCGUAGCUGGGAUGCUGUGCGAGUUACGGGUUCUGGUGCAGUGCUCUUCGAUCCGCAUCUCAAGUCAACAUUACGUGCAGCUGAUAUCAAUGUUCGUGUUCGCCGCCGAGCUGCUUCAGGUGAAAGCCAAAGAUAAGAAGCUCCAGCGGGCAGCGAUGCUGGAGGGCAUGGGCAUGUUCGGUGUGCUGUUGGAGCGCUUCAUCGAUCUCAUCGAGCACCCAACCGCCGAUAAGGAGGAGGAGGAACAGGUGCCCAUGGACGCCGAGGCGCCGAGCGCCGAGCAGAAGCCGCCAUCGUCACCGCAGCCGGCCGAUGGUGUCGCCAGCGGGGCCGAAGCCCACGACGAGCACAACGAAAAGCAGGGCGGCGACAGGCACAAACCGAAACUGUUUCUAUGCAAGGAGGCCAAAACUUUACUGCCACCGAUGAAGGUUUGGGUCGAUUGGCUCAUGAAUACGCCCGUCACGGUGUGGCAUCCAGCUUUCUGCCGACCGUACCUGAGAGUUGGAACAUCGAGCGUCAACGACCCCUGGGGGAAUCUGGCGAAGCUGAUGAACAUUCUCGAAGAGAAGGGCAUCGGGCUUCCCAAGAUGGCGUCCGAAGCGCGUCCUGGCUUCGUACGCGUGCUAUUGGACGAGGAAAUCGAUCUGGCCGAAUGCACGCCAUGGAUGUACUGCAACACGCGGUCCCUGUACAUGCCUGCCGCGUGCACCAUCGCUGACGUAGGGCCCCGGCUGUGCCUCCGGAAGUUGACGUUCUUUUGCUCGCACUACCUGACCAGCCUUACUCUGCCGAUCCUCGACAGUCUUGAGCGGUUCGGUGCCCGGCACAAUGAAGACGAUGCUGCUGAGGUGCCAGCGGGCGGUGGUGAGCCGCAGAGCCACUGGGUGUGGUAUGUCACCAGCAGUGGCAGAAGCGAUACGAAGCGCGUGGCGCGUGCGAACCGCCGCACGAGCCACGAUGACAGCGAAACCAGGGAGCGGGCGGGCAGUGCCUCCAGCACGUCGACGCUGGCGGAGAUCCGCGAUCUGCUGCGCCGCAACGUGGAGAUCGAACGGGGCGAGAAGAGUUUGGAGCGGGAGAAGCAGCAGCGCCUGCAGGCCAUGCUGGCAGAGUCGACGGUGCCCCGCAUCAUGGAGGUGCGGCCCCGGUACGUGGUGCUGGAUACGAACUGCUUCGUGGACGAUCUGCCGGCCGUCGAGUGGAUUACUACGUUCCGGGCCUUCAAGAUGCUGAUACCGAUCACAGUCGUCAAGGAGCUGCGCGGACUUGCCCUGGGGGACACCAAUCGCCCGAAACAGCCCCUGGCCGGAGUGGCCGAAGCAUCGCAGCUAGCCCUGGCGUUCCUGGAGACGUGCGAACCGGGCGCCAUCAGCUACAUCGACAUGGAUGGUGAGAUAGUAGCGAAGGACUCCCCGUUCCCGCCGGACAGGGACACGCUGCGGACCAACGACGAUCGCAUCCUCCAGGCGGCCCUCAGCCUGUGCCGCGACCAGUACUCCGAUCCACCCGACGUCGACGGGUACAUUGUGCGCAACGUGGUGUUGAUCACGAACGAUCGGACGUUGCGCGUGAAGGCGAUCACCACAAACAUGCCCACCAAGGCGUUGUGCGAGUUCAUCGAGCAGCUCCAACUGUGGUUUCCAUUGUCGCAAGGGCCACAACGCGCGUCGGAAUGA